AUGUCGACGAUCGGAAAUUCAACUAAUAUAUUCUGGCAAGAAUGUCCGGUUGGGAAGCUUGAAAGGCAGAAACUCCUUUGCCAAAAGAGUUGUGUUGUGUGGAUCACAGGUCUCAGUGGAUCAGGUAAAAGUACACUUGCAUGUUCAUUAAGUAGGGAACUGUAUACAAGGGGGAAAUUAUCUGACGUACUAUACGGUGACAACCUUCGGCAUGGAUUAAACAAGGAUCUCGGUUUCAAGGCAGAAGAUCGAACGGAAAAUAUACGCAGGGUCGGUGAAGUUGCAAAGCUAUUUGCAGAUGCCGGCUUAAUCUGCAUUGCCAGUCUAAUAUCUCCAUAUAGGAAAGAUCGAGACGCAUGCCGUGCAAUGUUACCGGAUGAGAACUUUAUAGAGCUAAACCCCCUUUUGCUUGGUUCUCAUCUUAAAUCUUUUUACUUAAAAUGUUUUUUCCUUGUACAUCUCCAGGUUUUCAUGAACAUGCCUCUGACAUUGUGUGAAGAAAGAGAUCCCAAAGGUCUUUACAAGCUCGCACGCUCCGGAAAGAUUAAAGGUUUUACAGGCAUAGAUGAUCCUUAUGAACCGCCGCAGAAAUGUGAGAUUGAAAUGAACCAGAAAGGUGGAGUUUGUCCAACGCCGGUAGCGAUGGCAGGGGAAGUAGUUUCAUUCAUGGAGGAGAAAGGAUAUCUGCAAGAUCAUUAA